AUGGAGCAUCAGUACCCAGCCCCUAUCAGUGGUGACGAAAGCAUGCUGGCCGAGCUGAUGCUUCCGGAUCAAACUCAUGUCCGAAGCCAGGACUGGACAAUCUUUUUCUUGCACAAGGACUCAAGUGCCGACCAGGACGAUGACGACUCGUUGGCGGCUAAAAAGAAGAAAAAGAGGUCCAGAGCAUCGCAUGAUGGCGACGGGGCCGGCGGCAGUGAAGAGGAUCAGGAUGAGUCUGGUAAGGAAGAGGAGAGCAGUGAUGACGAGGAUGAGGGUGGCGAGGGUCCACCGUUGAUGUAUGUUUUGAAUCUUGUAAAUACAAAGCAAGACCAUACAGUCAAAAGAGGUGCAGUUGUAAAGGCCAUGGCUAUAUGUACACGCCACUCAUUCCUCCAUAUCUAUAAACCCUUACUUCUUCUAGCUCUGGAAGACUAUUUCAAGAACCCUUAUCUGGAAACGCUAGCCUCGUUAUACAAUGCUUUGAAUGCCAUGGACCUUUCUCUACUCCCCAAGCUGUCCCUCUUGGAGCGACAGAUAUUGCAGGCUAGCAACUGCAAGGAUAUGUUUAUCGAAAAGUUCGAGCAGAUGAUCCGUCAGCGAGUUGAAGGGGAAGGAGAGUCAUCCGACCCGGACUCGCCGGCUUCGCCCAAAAAGCCGGCCCCUAAGUACACGCUUCCUCGAGAUACGCAUGAGUUUGAGUCCAGGAUUGUUUAUAAUGAUAUCCCUAUUCCGGUCAAGGUACCCACGGUGAUCUGGCCGGAGGUUGUGGGCGAUUUCUCUCUCAUCAAGCUCAUCCAAACCUUCUCCGGCCCUCAUAGUGCCUCCCCCCAGCCUUUCCCAAUCCACCCCCACCUUACCACCAGCGGUCCCUAUACCCAUCCCAUCAUUAUUCUGGUCAAUGCGAUGUUAACCCAAAAACGGGUGGUGUUUCUGGGCCACAAUCGCCCUUCCGGAGAGGUUGCGGAGGCGGUACUUGCUGCUUGCGCACUGGCGUCCGGUGGGAUACUGCGUGGAUUCACCAGACAUGCGUUCCCUUACACGGAUUUGACCAAAAUUGAUGAUCUCCUCAAGGUUCCCGGCUUCAUUGCCGGUGUGACUAAUCCCACGUUUGCCAACCACCCCGAGUGGUGGGAUGUGCUCUGCGAUCUCCCUACGGGCAGAAUCAAAAUCAGCAGUCAUGUUGAGCCUGCACCGGUCACCGAAGGACUCAUGUAUUUUCAACAGCAAGGAUUGAACCAUCUCCAUGCCUCGAACUUGAACUCCGACCCUACCGGAGAUAAUCUAUUUAUGGAAGACGUUCAGCGCAGCAUUACCAACCGCUAUGGUGAAAAUGCUAUCCGAGCCAAAUGGCGUGCCUACAUCUUGAAGUUCGCACGCGUUGCUUCCGCCUUUGAGGAAACCGUGUAUGGCGCCUCAAAUCUCUAUAUUAUCGGCCCCAAUGAAGAGCUGUCCCCGGAAAGCCCCAGUGGGGUUCAGGCGGACCCGUUGGACCCUACGACACUGCGAGGACAUGGCCACGUCUGGCCCGACGAGAUAUCGAAACAACGCGAACUGAUGGCAUCAGUCUCCCGAAUCGAAGGAUGGCGAACAACGCGCUCAUAUUACUCUUUCAUCCAAGAUAUCGCAGCCAUAUAUUAUCCUACGCGGCCGAUUAUCAAACCAGACCUUCAUCACCACCAUGAACGACUCCGCACCCUAAAAUUAUCUCCGCCGGAAGCGGGAGCUAUUUACAUCGCCUUCGCUUAUGCCGUCAAAGACUACGCUGGCAUUUGCCAGCUCCUAACAGUCACGCCGGAAAACCAAGCCGGCCUCUUCUACCUAAGCAUGGGACUCUUCCACCCUGAUCAGACGGUCCGCGAGGCGACAGUGGACCUCUUGGAGCGGAUCAGCAAACACCCUGCUGGCCAACACUUUUGGAAUCAACUCAACCGGUUCGCAAAAUUGGCCUUUUUCCGAGUAAAACGCGAGCGAGACGCCUCGCAGAGCCCCAUCUCAGGCCCGGAAAUGGGGGUCGGAGAACCCCGAAGUCUAGUUGGGGUGGCGAUGGGCGACGGGCAACGGUGA